AUGCAUUCGCCUAGGCGCAACACCGCCCCCGACGCCCGCUCGCCCAUCGUGGCAUCCCCCCCAUCGGCAGACAGCGCUUUAGUUGCUGCCCGAACUCCUGAAGAGCUCACAAGGCGUCGCUAUUCUCACCGAAGAUCGGAGAGCCUCCCAACCAACAAGGUACAGGCACACCGCCACCUCUUCUUCGAGAAGAUAGCGACCGAAAGCAUCCAAGCCAUAGUGGAGAAGUGGCUGCAGGCCAACCCUGUCGCCCCCACACAGGCCCCCAUGCCGGCCUCUCAGUGCGCCAGCGGGGCCGCACCUGCCAUCAUAACCACCAGAACUGCAGAGGAGCCACCACAAAGCCCCUCGCAGAGCGAAGCUCCUGGGCAGACACAGGGGCCUGCUGGUGUUCCCCUACCUCUGAGCUCAGAUGAGGACGACGAGGCGAUGGAUAUCCUCAACUCACGGAAGAGGCUGCGGGAAGAGAGUGGGGACGAGGACGACCACGCUCCCCGAAAGCAAAUGGCCAACACCUCCCCCGACGAGGAAGCACACGCUUCACAGGGCUCAGUAGAGAUGUCCGGGAGCGAGUUCAGAACCGUGAUGAAUUCCGAAGGGGCGUCCUCCAUAGGGGACAUGACAACAUCUGCCCCGACAGGCGGCCAGGACCCAACGAGCUAG